AGACUCCUAUCGAAGGAUCGUUUCCCUCCUCCCCUCCUCGCCCUCUUCGUCUCUACAUAAACCCUCGCUCUCCUCCCACUUCGCACCCCGAAACCCCUUCGCCCUUCGAUCCCAAACCCUCUCUGAAUCCAAACGCGCACAACGAUGAGCCGACACCCCAGUACUAAAUGGGCUCAGAGGUCCGAUAAGGUGUUCAUCACCAUUGAACUGCCUGAUGCGAAAGAUGUGAAGCUAACAUUGCAACCCGAUGGGCAUUUCUAUUUCUCUGCUAAGAGUGGCGCUGAUAAUAUACCCUACGAGCUUGACCUUGAGUUGUUUGACAGUGUCAAUGUGGAUGAGAGCAAAGCAGCUAUUGGCUUGAGAAAUAUAUGCUACCUUGUGAAAAAAGCGCAGAGUAAUUGGUGGCCUAGGCUGUUGAAGAAGGAGGGGAAGCCUCCUGUGUUUUUGAAGGUGGACUGGGACAAAUGGGUCGACGAAGAUGAUGAGAAGGAAAAUAAAUUUGGAGAUAUGGACUUUGGUGACAUGGAUUUCUCGAAGUUGGAUAUGGGUGGUGCUGAUGACGACUUUGAGGAUGAGGAUGACGCGGCCGGCCCUGCUGGGAACGCUGGCGACGAUGAGGAAAUGGCAGAAUCCAAGAAGGAUGAAGAGGACAUUAAGGUGGAGGCGGCGGCCGCACCAGCUGCGGUUGCAGCUGAUGAGCCUGCGGCAAAGGCAUAAAAUAUAACCUUUUAGGUUUAUCUCUCUUUUCUCUCCUGCCCCGCCAUGGGAAUUAUUGCAUAGCUUCUGUCAACUUUGAACCAGCCCUUAGAAGGUUUUGCAGCUAGUUUGUGGAGAAUGAUUAUGUAUUUUUCCGGUUGAUGCAUGUUAUCUUUCCUUUUCUUUCCUUUUUUUUUUCAAUAGUUGUUUCUAUUUUAACUUCUACAAAACGUUUGAGGAUGAGACAUACUUUGUUUCGUUGGUAUAUCCAUAGAUUAUGUUUGUUGCCUGAUGCAUAGUGAUCUAACAUUUUUAGACUGAAAUGUGUUAUGUCUCUUGUUUGAAAUUUAGGAAGCUUACAUAAAUCACUCGUGUCGAAAUCUCUGAGCUUUAUAUAGGGCAUGGUUUGCCUUGCUAAAUAAAUUAUGUAUAACAAGGAGGCAUUGAUAAUA